AUGGCUACUAGAGACUUGCCACACUCAUUCAAGGGUUUGUUCACAGACUGGGCCACGCGGAUCCCAAGUGAAGUCACCAUCCUCAACCGGUCAUCCGUCGAUGCACAGGAACAGGACCAUUUCCCCGAUGUUGGUGCUGGGUCCUCAAGUGACGAAGACGAGACUUCGCACGUUGAAACAAAAGUGCGCGUAAAGAACUUGUGGCCUGCGUUUGCUUCCGGAGCCGGUUUAUUCUCCGAUGGGUACGUCAACAACUCCAUUUCCACCGUCUUGUUUUGCUUAAAGAAGAUUUACGGUAAGCAGUUUACCGAGUCGAAUGCCAUCUCCAACAUUGCCUCGAUCGCCUUUGUCGGUACUGUUGUGGGCCAGUUGACUUUUGGCUACAUUUCCGAUCGUAUUGCCAGAAAAGGUGGUAUGAUGGCUGCCAAUGUCAUGCUUAUCGUGUUCACUUUGCUUUGCGCCGUUGGCUCGUGGGGUAAAACCGUUAAUGGGUUUUUUGCUUGUUUAACCGUUUGGAGAUUUUUCUUGGGAGUUGCCAUUGGUGCCGAGUACCCCACCGCCUCCGUUAUUGCUUCCGAGUUUGCCAAUUUGCUACCUUCGGGACACAGGAACAGAUACUUUGCCUGGUUCACCAACAUGAUGAUUGAUUUUGGGUUUGUUGUUUCUGCGUUUGUCCCAUUUGUGUUGAUUUGGAUCUUUGGCGAGAGGCACUUGCGUGCCUUGUGGAGAGUCACCAUUGGCCUCGGUGUCAUUCCACCUUUGGCCCUCUUGUUCAUCCGUAUGAAGAUGAAGGAUUCGAAAUCGUUUCAAAAACUCCACAUGAAAAACGUCAGAUACAGAGACUACCCUUGGUGGUUGAUUUUCAAGUUUUACUGGUUCAGACUCACCGUGGUGAGUCUCAUCUGGGUAUGUACCAAACUUUUCACUCUCCAAUCCGAUUAAGGCCCCUUUCCCUGUUGUUGUGACUUUCUUACUAACUUUGCAAAUUUUCAGUUCAUUUACGAUUUUUCCGUGUACAGUUUUGGAAACUUCAACACCAUCAUCAUUGACGAGAUCAUCCCCGAUGCUCCCAUUUGGAAACAAUGGGGAUGGAGUGUUGUGUUUAACCUUUUCUAUCUCCCCGGGUCAUUCCUCGGCGCCAUUGUCUCCGAUUACAUUGGCCCAAGGUUGACCUUGUCUAUUGGCCUUACAUGCCAAGCAGUCAUUGGUAUCGCAAUGUCGGCAUGUCUCGCCAGCUUAAGAAAACACAUUGCCGGUUUUGUCGUUGUUUUUGGUAUCUUUUCCACAUUAGGUGAGUUUUCCGCGGGAAACACCUGUGGUCUCUUGGCUUCCAAGACCUCGGCUACCGCUAUCCGUGGUCAAUACUACUCGGUCGCCUCAGCCGUGGGCAAGAUUGGUGCCUUUGUCGGUUCAUGGGUUUUCCCAGCAAUCCAGCGCCACUAUGCAGACCCACAACACCCUGAUUUGGAAUUGCAAGUGCCAUUCUAUAUCAGUUCUGCCCUUUGUUUGUUUAGUGCUGGUCUUGCCUUGUUCUUCUUGCCUCAUGUGGGACAAGAUGCUAUCAAUAGAGAGGACACCGCGUUCAUCAACUACUUGAGAGAAAACGGUUUUGACGUUUCGAAAUUGGGUGACCAAAAAGGAAAAGUUGAAGAGCGUUUCGAAGAAGAUACCACGGACGAGAAUGCUGGUGGUGAAAGCAGCAGUGUUGAAAAGCCCGAGUUUUACAGAGACCAGUCAGUUGUAGCCAAGGGACAUUAG